AUGUAUGCUUCCACAUUGAAUUCCCGUGCCAACCAAACGCUUCAGCACCUCGCUCAGCCUGAGCGCGCCUGGAACCCCGCCGAGGAUAUGGAAUGCGAUUAUGACGAGAUCCGUGUUGCUGCCCCUCUCAAGGCAGCUGUCAUCGAACGUGCUGUCAUCACCCUCAUGACCAACAUGGUCUCUUCCCAGUCAACACAUUCCCUCUCCUCUUCCAGCAGCUCCGGCGACUUUGAGCCCGAGCUCAGCCAAUCGCUCGGCUCCGUUUCGAGCUUUGACCUCCGUACACCGCUCAAGCCUAGCCUUGCUGCGAACCAACUCUACGACCCAAGCGAGUCUUUCAACGUCCUUGGUCUUCACACCAAGCAUGUCGCCUCGACGACUUCCUCACGACCCACCAAGAACCUCCUCGCCGCUAGAAAGAUUCGUCCUGCCUCGAACCCAACUGACUCCCUUAUCAUGGACCAUGCCUCGGCUGCACUAUCAACUUCUCACAACACCCUUCCCGCAUUCGCAAGCCUCUCGCCCAAGAGCCAAGCACCAGCUUCGUUGCCGUUGAACCGCUCAAACAAGCCCAAGCUCACUCUCCCUGCUUUGACGCCUUCGGCAUUUGCUCGUCCCAACUUCCCGCAAACUCCUGGAGGAACUCUCUUCUUUGGUGCUCGCGAUGGUGCUGCUACAGGCGCUCCCCUCAGCCCUUUCUUGCCACCAACUCCCCUCGUCGCUUCCAUGAUGGAGGCUGAGCAGGGCAAGCGUCUCGGAGAUGCUACCGACUCAUCGAUGCGUGGCGAUGACGCCUCAACGUCUUCCUUGUCACCCCAGCUCUCCAAGGCAUCGCUACCAUAUCCUCUCGCUUCUACUCCUCGUCUGUCCAAGUCUGUCCGUGCUCCUCUUCAGCGUCACGGCUCGCUCGGUAUGUCACCCCUCUCAAGGGAGUUUGCAAGCGUCAGCAUGCGUGGCAAGUCCAAGAGCAACGAGCAUCCUUCGUCAUUGGGCUCUCCCAUCCCUCGUCGCGCUCAGGAGCUCUCUCCCGGCCGCAACCUUGGCUCGCCUUCGACACUUCUCACUCCUCCCUACUCGCCCCUCACCCUGACCAAGAGCCUUCCCGAUGAGGCUUCCGGCAUGGCUCAGCGAAGAUCGAGCAGCCCGAGCAGCGGUGUCUCCUCAUCAAGCAGCAAGAAGCUGCGUGCUAAGGAGAGCCUUCUUGGCGGCGGCGCCGAUCUCUCGCGAUCCUUCAGUGCCAACCGACUCAAGUCAAGCACACGCACCAAGGCCGUUCCCAAGCCCUUCAACCUUGACAAGGCCUUCCCUUCCGAGUCUCAAACCCUCAAUGUCAACGCAACGAGCCCUCAGCCUCUUUCGGCACCUGCCAUGAAGAUCUCUUUUGCAGACCAAGAGACCGAGAUCGAGAUUGACCAGCGCAUGAGCCCCGAGCCUAUGCUCCCUGAGCAAGCUUCCUCGGAUGUCGGUGCUGCACCUGUGCCGGACUCCUCGCUACUCUCACCUUGCUCUGCACUCAAGGCACCUGCAAUGGAGAAGUCCUUCAGCGCUCCCUUGCCUCCUCCUCAGACCGUCUCAGCUCGUCAUCUGGCCGACUACGAGCUCCAUCCUCGCUUUGCUUCAUCCUACACGCUUGGCGACGAGCUCGGCAGCGGUGGCUUCGGCUUUGUCGUCGCAGCUAAGCGCAACACUGAUCGCUUCCCCGUCGCCGUCAAGUUUAUCUUCAAGGACAAGGUGCCUGCCCACGGUUGGGUCCGCGACCCGAAGCUCGGCGUGAUUCCCAUGGAGGUUUUUGUGCUCAAGGUUGUUGACCACCCCGGUGUAGUCAAGUUCAUCGAUCUCUUCGAUGACCGCAACUUUUUCUACCUUGUCAUGGAGCAUCACGGUACGCCCUGGCAGCCGGCUGCACCUGAGCCCGUUGUACCAAGCAAGGAGCUCCGCCCAGCUGCUAUGCAGCGCCGUACCAGCUGCGACUUGUUUGAAUGUAUCGAGCAGCACUCUCGUCUCACUGAAGAGCAAGCACGCUGGGUAUUUGCCCAAGUUGUCGAGACUGUCUGGCACCUUGACCGCAUCGGUAUCAGCCACCGCGACAUUAAGGACGAGAACUGCGUCGUUGACGCCGACUUCAAUGUCAAGCUAAUCGACUUCGGCUCUGCUGUCAUCACCGACGUUCGCAAGCCUCAGCCCUACUUCAACCGCUUCUUUGGCACAAUGACUUUCGCCAGUCCCGAGAUCCUCCAAGGCAAACCAUACCGUGCACCCCAGGCUGAGAUCUGGUCGCUCGGUGUUCUCCUUUCCAUCCUCCUUUCCGGUCAAUGUCCAUUCCCAGACGCAGCCGCCGCGAUCAAAGGUCGCAUAAGCAAACCCAAGGGUGCUUGGUCUGCUGACGCACUCAAUCUCCUCCUCCUCUGUCUCGAGGUUGAUCCAGAACGACGUGCUACCAUCAGCCAGAUCCGCGAUCAUCCUUGGGUUCACCGCGCAUGGAAGGAACGCGCUGCUAAACUCAACCAGCCUGCUCCAACUCCCUCUUCCUCUUCCUCUUCACUUUAA